AAACAUGAUAGUGUUAGAAGAUAUUGUAGCUGAUCAUAUCAGCAGCAGCUCUGAUAUUGAACUAGAUGAUAUAAGAUGUGAGAAUAUAGCUGAUGAGAAAGACGUAAGUGACGAAGAAAUCGAAUCCGAUCAGUUGGAGAGACGAAUGUGGAGAGAUCGUGUUAAGCUUAAGAGAAUUAAGGAGAAACAGAGGCUUGCAGCACUCAAACAACAGCAGCAGCAGAAGGCCGGCAACAGGCCUUGUUCCGAUCAAGCACAGAGGAAGAAGAUGUCAAGAGCUCAGGACGGAAUAUUGAAGUACAUGUUAAAGCUAAUGGAAGUCUGCAAAGCACGAGGAUUCGUCUACGGAAUCAUUCCUGAUAAAGGUAAACCAGUCGGCGGUUCAUCGGACAACAUUAGAGCUUGGUGGAAGGAAAAGGUUAAGUUCGAUAGGAACGGACCAGCAGCAAUAGCUAAAUACGAAGCCGAUUGUCUUUCAAAAGCAAACGACAAUGGAAUUCUGAAGAGAAACGCUCAAAUUUCUCUUCAAGAUCUACAGGACGCUACUUUAGGAUCACUCUUAUCUUCAUUAAUGCAACAUUGUAAUCCGCCUCAGAGGAAAUAUCCAUUGGAGAAAGGAAUUCCACCGCCGUGGUGGCCGAUUGGAAACGAGAAAUGGUGGUUGAAUCUAGGUUUGAUUAAAGGACAAAUUCCUCCUUAUAAGAAACCUCACGAUUUGAAAAAGAUGUGGAAGGUUGGAGUGUUGACUGCCGUUAUAAAGCACAUGUCACCGGAUAUCAAUAAGAUCCGUAAACAUGUCCGGCAAUCAAAAUGCUUACAGGAUAAGAUGAGUGCUAAAGAGAGUUCUAUAUGGUUAAGCGUUUUGAGUCAAGAGGAAUUGUCUAUCGCUAAGACGCGUUGUACUGAUAAGAAGAGGCCUGCAAUUAGUAUCGAUGAUCACGAUUCAUCUAAAGAAGACGGAAGCAGCAGUCAUACUAGUAGUAAUUCAGAAGAAAGGAAGAAACCGCGACAGAAGCCAGCUCGAACCAGUAAACCUAGAAUCUCAUCCAGUCCAUCCCAAGAAUUGGCACAAGAACUUUAUCAUUUCUCUAUAAACCCUUCUCCUCCAGCUACUACUACCACGUUCGUGGAUGAGGACAGAUCAUUGAUUUGUAAUCAUCCAAUGGAGGAAAACCCUAGGUUUCAUCAUCAUCCAAUGGACGAAAUAUUGGAGUAUAAUCCUCUACCUUGGAUUGGAGGAGUUGAUAAUCAAAGUUCCAUCAGAGAAGAAGAUAUAAGAAUUGAUGUGAACAAUUUGAAUAAUUCUCCGAUGAACAAUCUUUCAUUAGGAUUUGGUGGAUUCAACAGUCCAUUUCAUUUUGACAAUGGUUUGCUAGAUACAAGUGACAUGGACUUUUUGAUUGAUGACAUAGACUUGAUUCAAUACUGUGGGGGAGCCUAAAUCCACAUGUGUUUCAUGAAAUCACACUACA